AUGGCUCAAAGAGAGCAGAUUACUGGUAUGUUUUGCCAUGAAAAUGUUGAAGGGAAGUUACUGGUUGGGGAUCACGCAAAUCAGGUAGACAUGCCUUUCUCCAUGCAGCCACUCAGUUUGAUAAGGGUAGGCGUGAGAAAAGGUUUCUUGGUUCAUGGGAAAUCAAGGCUAUUUCCCUAUUAG